AUGGCUUUGCCGGCUGCCCAACGAGCGGAGGUUCUGAGAGCGUGGCAGAAAGACGACCACUAUGAGAAACAACUUGCGGGAUCUAUGGCUAGGCUUAUGCCUUCAAAUCAUGCAUCUAAAGCCGUUCCCAUAUCUUCCCUGCUUUAUAAAUCGUUCACUACGCUAAACGACUUGCAGACUCUCGGCGAAGAAUACUCCGGAAUCGUUCAAGUGGACGAAACGUACCAUAAACUCCCAACAUUCGGCAAUAGACUUCUCAGCAUCUUAUUAUCAGCCUUUGGUGAAAAUUUGACAAGAAAGGUACUUCGUUACGCGUAAACUGCCGUUGAACAAAAUGCUACGUUAAAGCCUGCGGUCCAAAACUCGUUCGUAGUGUUGUUUAAGGCUGUGGCUAAUAUGUUGCCGCAGUUUGAAAGCAUACACAGAGCUCUUUGAUAUAUUAGCGGUGGGCCUAUACAGCUUGGGAAGACCGCUUCAGGGAUUGAUUAAGUGCAAGUUAGACCAGCCGCUGCAGCAUACUAUGCUCAUUUAAGGUUAUUAGGUAUGGUAACACUGCUGCAUGCUUUCGUUUCUUGUGGUCAGAGCAUUUAUCAGGCUAAGAGACACAUGGACCAAAUGAGAGCGUUUCCCAAUGAAGUUGAUAGUAACAAAUCCUGUGUAGCAUGCUUGGAAGAGAUAGUUCAGCCUUGUGUGCUGCCUUGCGGACAUAUUUUUUGUAUGGAGUGCAGUUAUGGAGCGGUGGAAACAUGCGCAUUAUGCCGCACACCGUUUUUGAAGAAUAGUGUUGUGCCUCUUAUGAACUAUUCUCCAUGACGUUGUAAAUGUUUUAAGAACU